GGGAAAAAAAAAAAGAUAUAACGUUGCAUAUUCACGACCAUGUGACUACUUUGCAAAUGCCUUGUUUUGGGAGGUGGUGCAGGAUCGCUACACUAGGCAGCGGAGCCGAUCCUUGGCACUGAAGGUGCUAAGUAUUUGCCUCUGCAGCUUAUAAACAUGCUGGGGGCAGGUGGUGGUGGUCACGUUGAUCUUAGAUUAGAUAUUGGCACACUUGAUGUAGUUAACGGACGGUACUAGACAACAGCAGAGUCUCUGAACGCUUCUGACCUGACUCUGUAGCGGCAUGUUACAAGAUAACUACAUCAAAGGACUUUACACCGGUCCUUAUCAAUGGCGACCGCUCACCCAGCGGUGGUGGUGCAUGCAGAUAUGCAAUGGUGUACAGCAAAUCACAAUUUUCAACCUCACUCACAUGUCACACGUGCAUUCAUGCGUUAAGGUUUACAUUUCACACUAAUUUGCGCACAUUAGCAUUCAAACCAGGGUCAUGUCUCCUCGCGCUGCAGGGAGGCAGUUUCUUGUAUUCUUUUUUUUUAACUUUCGGUCACCUUAGCUCUGCAGCAGUCUUUUUGGUCGGAGACUCCGCGUUUUUGGUCGGAGAUUCCGUCUUCUUGGUUGGAGACUCUGUCUUCUUGGUUGGAGACUCUGUCUUCUUGGUUGGAGACUCCGUCUUCUUCUUCUCAUCAGACAGUCUUUGUUUCUUUGCUUUAGAAGCCAUGGUUAACUGCGCACGUUGCAAUCACCUCAACCGGUGUCAAAACGCGGUAGUGUUAACGGUUAGAUUGGAUCGUUUGUUUCCCUGAGGACACCCUUGCAGGCACCGGUUUCCUCCUCCAGUCCGUGUGGCGCGUACACAGAGCUCAGCCAGUCAAAAGCCUUACAUUUAGGUUUUUCUGGAGACGUGGUCGCCUACUUUUUUAGCACUUAUGAUAAAUAAGGAAAUCAUAAAACGUCUGGUAUAAAGUCUUGAACAAUUGUUCGGAUUAUCACGUGAAAGGUUUUCAACCUUUAUUGAAUGCAGACCUUCAUCUUUGGAACUAAUAUUAAUUCAUUACAAUACAACUGAGAACAAUAUGGACUACAUCAAAUGAAUAACCUAAAUCAAGAUAAAAUUAAUAUUAUAUGAAUAAUAAAAUAGUAAUAAAUAAAAGGUACCAGGUUUCAGUUUUAAACCCUAAACGUUUAGUGCGUGAGGGCUGCUACUUCUCCGCCAAGAAAAUUUUUGGUUUUCGUGAGUUCGGCCCUGGCACAAACACCUGGAAGAUUUCACGCAGGGCAACACAUCCCAAAGGUCUCAUACAGACAUGGAUGUAGCUGCCCACAAUUUCUGCCUGACUAAAAAGUCCGAAACUUUGAUCUGAAAGUAUCGAUCAGUUUGACACUACGGUUGCUUUGUAUUUAAACUUUCCGGGGUUUAUUUCAGGGCUUUACUAAUACUAUUUGAACUUUAUUCUUUUGAUUUAUCGAUAUGUUCUCGUGACUAAGUUGUGUUUACGUGUGAGUAGAUCUGCAGGCGUCUCCUCAGCAACUCGAACAAGUCUGCCUUACCAAGUAGACAACUUUCUUUAAUACCUUUUGCACAAUCAACCGAAGUAAGCAGCUAAGAUGAUCCACAGUCUGUUCCUGAUUAGUCACUCUGGAGACAUCUUCCUGGAGAAACACUGGAAGAGUGUCAUCAGCCGGAGUGUGUGUGAUUACUUUUUCGAGGCCAAGGAGAAGGCGGUGGACCCGGAGGAUGUGGCCCCUGUCCUGCAGACCCCGCACCACUACCUUAUCACCAUAUACAGGGGCAAGCUCUUCUUCCUCUCUGUCGUCCAGACCGAAGUCCCUCCACUGUUUGUCAUUGAGUUCCUGCACAGAGUGGCAGACACAUUUCAGGACUACUUUGGAGAGUGCUCGGAAACUGUAAUCAAGGACAAUGUGGUGACAGUGUACGAGCUGUUGGAGGAGAUGCUGGACAACGGAGUUCCACUGUCAACAGAGUCCAACGUCCUCAAAGAGAUGAUCAGGCCUCCCACCACCCUGCGAUCAGUUGUCAACACGCUCACAGGAGGUAGUAAUGUUGGAAAUACAUUACCAACAGGUCAACUAUCCAAUGUCCCAUGGAGGCGGGCUGGAGUUAAAUACACCAAUAAUGAGGCAUAUUUUGAUGUGAUAGAGGAAAUAGAUGCCAUUGUGGACAAAUCAGGUAUGACAGUAUUUGCAGAGAUCCAGGGUGUAAUUGAAGCCUGCGUGUGGCUCACUGGGAUGCCUGACCUGACUCUGUCCUUUAUGAAUCCUCGUCUUCUGGACGACGUGAGUUUCCACCCGUGUGUGCGGUUUCAGCGCUGGGAGUCGGAGCGCGCUCUCUCUUUCAUCCCGCCGGAUGGAACCUUCACACUCAUGAAUUAUCAUGUCAGCUCUCAAAAUCUCGUGGCCAUUCCAGUGUACGUGAAGCAGAGCAUCAGUUUCUUUGAGUCGGGACCUUGUGGUCGCCUGGACAUCACGAUCGGACCCAAGCAGACCAUGGGGAAGACGGUGGAGGCUUUGAUGGUCAAAAUCCACAUGCCUAAAGCUGUGCUCGGUGUCAACCUCACAGCCACACAGGGAAGCUACACCUACGACCUCCCUACCAAGGUGUUGGUUUGGGACAUUGGGAGACUGAACCCUCAGAAGCUUCCUAACUUGAAAGGCAGUCUGAGUCUACAGGCAGGAGCCCCCAAACCUGAAGAUAACCCUUCACUCAACAUUGACCUGAAGGUUCAGCAGGUGGCCAUAUCAGGUCUUAAGGUGAAUCGUCUUGACAUGUUUGGAGAGAAGUACAAGCUGUUUAAAGGGGUCAAGUAUGUGACUAAAGCGGGGAAAUUCCAAGUGCGGACCUGAGUACUUUAAGAGGUCAAAAGUCAGCAAUCCAAUGUGCCAAAUAGGGGGCAAGGUUAUCAAUACUCCAAUAUGUCUUGCCUCUGUCUAAUUGUUUUUAAUUAACAGUUAUUUAUUAUGUGGCCUCUAAAGUGAAGCCUUAAUAAUCAAUGUGACUAUGUUGAAGUGCUAAUAGUUUCUGUCCAGUUUAAAUGUGCUGCAUUGUAUGAACCAGUCCUCCUCCUCUUUGAGCUAUUUUGGUUUUCUGUUUUAACAAGUGUUGCCUAAGGGGAAUAUUUUGGUUUGAAAAGGGACACUUAGGGCUCACCGCCUCCUCCUCGCUACUUCAUCACACUUUUCCAAUCUUACAUACAUGUUGCCUGAGAGAAAGCAGCCAUGCCUUUUGAAAACCUUUUUACCGAGUUGCUGAGUAUUUGCAGUAUGUAUUGUGUAUUUGCACACAUUCACUCUUCAAUGUGGCCUUGUUUAGGGUGCUUUGUAUAGCACACUACAGCACAAACUACAUGUUUCGAGGGCUUCGGGGAAGUACAUUUUUUUUUUUUAAAUAUAUCUAUAUCGAAGGGACAUAGUUUGACUUAUCUGCAGAGCCGAGAUACGAGCUAGUGAUUCCAGCAGUCUGUUGGGAAGUUUUCCUUUUUGUGAAAUCUACAAAAUGCUCACUUAAUGUCAAAUGCAACUUCUUUACUCGGCACAACAUUUGCACAAUCAAUUGUUCACAGGAAAAAAAUACUACUUGUAUGAAGUUGAAUCUGUAUUUCAGUGUAUAAGAAGUCUUAUAAAACUUUUGAAAGUA